AUGACUCAACAUUGCUUUCGCUAUAUCAACCCAUUCUGCCAUUGCUAGCGAUACCACCGAAAUUUUGAACAGAAUCUCAUUUAUCUGCCCUCCUAGAAUCACCUAGUCUCUUUCUGGAUCUGUUCGCCGCACGAAUCCGUUCCGGAUCCUGUGUGAAACAACGCUCCGUGUUUCCCAGGCACAAUCGUUCACUAUGCCUAAAGUUCACCUGCUCGACUACGUCGCGGGGAAUGUCCGCUCUUUGGUGAAUGCGAUCGAAAAAGUCGGUUACCAAGUGGAAUGGAUAAAGUCACCCAGUGAGGUUGAAAAUGCAGAGAAACUCAUUUUGCCAGGGGUAGGCCAUUUCGGACACUGUCUGUCCCAACUCUCUGAGGGUGGCUACCUGGCACCGAUUCAGCGGCAUAUUGAGUCGGGCAAACCUUUCAUGGGUAUCUGCGUGGGUCUGCAGGCGCUUUUUGCCGGAUCAGAGGAAGACCCAAGCGUCCCCGGCCUAGGGUUGAUACCGAUGCGGAUGCAGAAGUUCGACGACCGCGACAAGAGUGUCCCACAUAUUGGUUGGAAUUCGGCGAAAAACACGAGCCCUGCGGAGUCGACGCCCCAGAGCUUUUACGGCUUGAAGCCCAGCAGCAAGUACUAUUAUGUACACUCCUAUGCAGCACCCUAUCAGCGCGGUGUUCUGGAAAGUCAAGGGUGGACGGUGGCUACAGCUACAUACGGGGACGAGGAAUUUAUCGGUGCUAUAGGGCGUGGGAACAUCUUCGCCACGCAGUUCCAUCCCGAAAAAAGUGGUCAGGCAGGCCUUCGCACAAUCAAAGCCUUUUUAGACGGCCAGCAGUUCCAGCCUCUGGGGGAAGAAGAGACCAAGAAUGUGGACGGAUUGACGCGCCGGGUGAUUGCUUGCCUCGACGUCCGCGCAAAUGAUGCUGGUGAUCUUGUGGUCACAAAGGGCGACCAGUACGACGUACGAGAGAAGAGUGGAGUCGAUGCCGGUGGACAGGUACGAAACCUGGGAAAGCCGGUUGACAUGGCCAAAAAGUAUUACGAGCAGGGUGCCGACGAAGUCACAUUUCUAAACAUCACCUCAUUCAGAAACUGUCCACUUGCAGAUACUCCCAUGCUGGAAAUCCUAAGACGCACUUCUGAAUCGGUCUUUGUUCCGCUAACGAUCGGUGGCGGAAUCAGAGAUACAGUCGAUACGGAUGGGACAACAGUUUCCGCAUUAGAUGUUGCGAAAAUGUACUUUAAGUCUGGCGCUGAUAAGGUCAGCAUUGGCUCUGAGGCCGUGAUUGCGGCAGAGGAGUACUAUGCUGCUGGGGAGAAGUUGUCCGGAAAGACUGCUAUAGAGACAAUUUCAGGAGCCUACGGUAAGCAGGCCGUGGUGGUGAGUGUCGAUCCCAAGCGCGUUUACGUGAGCAAACCGGAGGAUACACCACACCACACCAUCAAAACGGCGUAUCCGAAUGCUGCCGGUCAGGAGUAUUGCUGGUACCAGUGUACUAUUAAGGGCGGUCGAGAAACACGCGAUAUGGAUGUUUGGCAGCUGGUGAAGGCUGUCGAAGCUAUGGGUGCGGGCGAAAUCCUCCUCAAUAGCAUCGACAAGGAUGGAAGCAAAAGUGGCUUUGACCUGGAAUUGAUCAACGAUGUUAAAGCGGCUAUAAAGAUUCCAGUCAUCGCUUCCAGUGGCGCUGGAAAACCCGCGGAUUUCGCAGAUGUUUUCGAGAACACUGCCACAGAUGCCGCACUCGGAGCAGGAAUGUUCCACCGCGGUGAGUAUACGGUAGCUGAAGUUAAGGACUACCUCGAGGAAAAAGGGUUCCUUGUUCGCCAUUUCGAGUCAGCGAUCUGAACGUCGGAAUACUCUCGACAUAGCCUUUCCAAUAGCGCGCCAACGGGUUCUUCUAAUAGGCGUUGGAAACCCGAUUCUUCAGCUUAUUUCUGGGCAGAUUGUACCCCCGGGGCUCAAUCCUAGACGAAAUUACGAAGCACAAAAU